AUGGAUGUGUUGUAUCGACAAGAGCUGGAUAUGGUUUUGGAGGAUAAACCAGAAGAUAUUGAUGACAAGAAAUGGACACGAAUUAAUCUUCAUGAUUGUGCCUCUAUUCGAUUGUUCCGUGGUAAUGAGUUGAAAUACCUGUAUAUGAAGGAAACUUCUGCUAAGAAGUUAUGGAUCAAAUUGGAGGAGAAGUAUACGACCAAUAGUGCAGAAAAUCGGCUCUUCUUUAAGAAGCGACUCUUCCGAUUUCAAUAUCGUCCAGCAAACCUUGAUGUGAAAAUUACUGACGAGGAUAAGGCACUAUGUUUGUUAAAUUCAUUGCCUGAUGAUUAUGAUCAUUUGACAACUACUUUGUUGUAUGGAAAAUCCGAGGUGAAACUUGACGAGGUGUCUGCGGCAUUGUGGCGAGGGAAGUUUCCUACUAAAGACGAAUGUGCAUUUUGUCGCCAAAAGGGUCAUUGGAAGAAAGUCUGCCCCAAAUUAAAGAACAAAGAGAAGGAGAAAGCGGGUUCUGAAGCAAAUAUUGCAAAAUAUGGAGAUGAUGAUUUCGAGUUUGCUUUGGCUAGUUCAUUCGCUGAUGGUCACUCAAAGGAGUGGAUUUUGGAUUCAGGUUGCACCUAUCAUAUGUGUCCCAUUCGAGAAUGGUUUUCUAGCUUCGAGGAGGUGGAUGGUGGAGUUGUUUUGAUGGGCAAUAAUAAUGCCUACGAAACACAAGGAAUAGGCAAAAUCUGGUUGAAGAUGCAUGAUGGAAAGGUCAAAGAAUUGAGUGAUAUUUGGUAUGUGUCGGAUAUGAAGAAAAAUCUUAUCUCAUUGGGCGAAUUGGAAAUAUCACUAUGGAGGGGGAGUAAGUUAUUGGUGGAGCAACUGUCACUGAAGCUGCUAACGCAGAUAGCACAGAUACUACAAGGAUUGGUGAAUCAAGGCUUAUUAAAAGGUGCAAAGGCAUGCAAAUUGGAAUUCAGUGAACACUGUGUGUUGGGUAAGCAAACUAGAGUAAAAUUUGGCACCGCUGUUCACCACACUAAAGGCAUUCUUGAUUAUGUUCACACUGAUGUUUGGGGACCUUCCAAGAAUGCAUCUUGGGGACGUAGCCAUUAUUUGUCUCCUUUGUUGAUGACUUCUCUAGAAGAAUAUGGGUGUACACCAUGA